UAAUAUUGUCAUACGAUUAUACAUACUGGUUAUAUGCAAACUGAUAUGGUGAUGGAUAUAUGUACAUAUAACUGAUCAACUAUUUACUGUUUCAGUGUAAAGUUCAUAUCUUCUGUAUAAUGUAUUAUACUAUUAAAUCAAGGAUCUACUGAAAUUAACUUUAAUAUGGUUUAAUACAUACACUCACAAAUGGGAAAUUUACAUGUAGGAAUAUGUGUUAAAAUAAGUUAUCUGUGUUUUCAGUAAUGAUGUGUUUCCAUACUUAUAUACUAUAGUAUAGCAUAUAGAUAUCAAUUCUUAUGUAUUUAUUUUUUGAAAACUUCCCCGGAACUGUCGAAAUAUACAACAUGAUAGCAUUUCUCUCUCUCAUGUUUUCACUACCUAUCAUAUCUGUUCAAUCCUUCUCGUUUCCUUUCUCCCUUCCCUUCCCCCUGUCCUGUAUGUACUUUGAACCCUCUGACCUCUAUGGUAGUAUUUUUGUUUAUGAGAACACGUGUACGAUGUACGAGCCCGGUUGCCACCUGAAAUUUUUGUUCGUUUUUGAUGACAACGGGUAAUGAGAUAGUAUCAUAUAGGGCGGCGAUCGGUUGCUUCUAUAAUCGUACACAUGGUUUCACUGUUACAAAAUGUUUUAUUUCUAUUAAGUUACAAUCUAUUCUGGGUAAAUGUAGGCUGUGUGUUAUGUAUACAUAUUCACGGAGUAUUUAUAUUUUAUGGUAUAUAUUAUCUUGUAUAGUCAAUAAUUCUGACUUCCUCCUAAUCAUGCAGUUACUACUUCUCUCUUGUAAUGAUGUACAACCUAAUCCCGGCCCUGAAAAUCAUGAUAAAGACCUUUCUAUAUUCCAUCUUAAUAUUCGUAGUCUGAGAAACAAACUUUCCUCUGUAGAACAACUAGCUAGUGACUAUGAUAUUAUAUGUAUAACAGAGACUCACCUUGACAAUUCUGUAGCAGACGAUGACAUUCUCUUAGACAACUUUGACUUAUAUCGUAAAGACCGUGGUGCUCCGGGUGGGGGUAUAAAUGUUUACACUUCCAGCCUCUUAUCCACUUGUCGUAGACCAGACCUUGAGUUCCAGGUUGGCGAAGUAUUAUGGUUAGAAAUCCAGUUUCCUCACAGAAAACUCUUAUUGUGUACCACCUAUAGACCCCCAAACUGUAUACCGUCUUAUUGGAACAACUUCCAAUAUGCUAUGGAAAAAGCACUAAACGAGAAUCCGUAUGUAAUAGUUGUAGGUGACAUAAAUGUUGAUCUUCUGACUGUAGACAAUAAUCACAGACUCGUUGACAUAAUGAACUCCUUCCAUCUGACUAACGUUAUAGAUAAACCGACUAGGACAGGUCGCACGCGCGCCUCACUACUUGACCCAAUACUACUUUCUGACAUGUGCCUGUAUGUACUUGCUGAUACGAUCGACGUAGACCGUAACAUCUCGGACCAUGACGCGACUCUAGUAAACUUGACCAUAGACACGGGACUUGUAAGAAAAUAUAAAAGAAAAAUCAUAUGUUAUGAUGAAGCUAAUUAUCAACAGUUCAAUAAUCUACUAAACUCUACUGACUGGACUGAUUUUUUUUCACGGACACGGUCUGCAAACGAUAUGUGUGAUCUUUUUACUGAACAUUUUCUAAAUUUAGCAGACCAAUGUAUCCCGACAAAAACAAUUACUAUACGGCCGACUGACAAACCCUGGUUUAAUUCAGAACUUCGACGAGAAAUAAGGAAAAGAGUUCGUUACUUAAAGAUAUUUAAAAACAACCGCACGGACAAUAAUCAUGACCGAUUUAGACGACAACGUAACCACGUCAAUAACCUUAAGAAACGUACUAAAGAACUAUUUUAUGCGAACAUAAAUAGACUCUUAGACAGCUUUACUGACUCGAACCCCAAACCCGACGAACGGAGACAUAGAAACGUCCGACGAAACAAAAUCUAACAUUCUAAACGAUUAUUUUGUGUCUAUAUCAACGAUUGACGAUUCUAACGUUGAAGUACCGACUGCUGACACCAGAACGGACUCCUCCUUAACAGACAUAUAUUUUACGACUAAUGACAUAACCGAUAUUUUGAAAUCCCUAAAUAUUAAUAAAGCUGUUGGUCCUGAUACUAUUAGUAAUAACAUGUUAAAAAAUACAGCCCAUUCGAUCGCAGUGCCAUUGUUUCGUAUUUUUAGGACAUCUCUCGAUACUGGAUUUUUUCCUAACGCUUGGAAACAUGCUCUAGUGAUGCCCUGUUUUAAAAAAGGUGACAAAUCUAAACCCUCUAAUUACCGACCUAUAUCUUUACUCAGUACAGUUGGGAAAGUAUUCGAAAAAGUAGUAACUAAAUUUCUACAUAAUUAUUUGAUAGAAAACUCUCUUAUCUACAAAUACCAAUCAGGAUUUCAGCCAGGUAAUUCCACUGUCCAUCAACUUAUUGAAAUUUUUCAUCAAAUUUGUGAAAAUCUAGAAAAAAAACAUCCAACUUGUCUAAUUUUUUGUGAUAUAUCUAAAGCCUUUGACAGAGUAUGGCAUAAAGGGCUGGAAGUGAAACUAUUCAGCUAUGGUAUUUCAGGUAAAUUACUACACUGGUUAGUUGACUAUGUUACUGACAGACGACAACAAGUUUUUGUGGGAAACAGCAGAUCUUCUUUAAGGAAAAUAAAUGCAGGAGUUCCUCAAGGUUCAGUCCUCGGACCCUUACUAUUCAUUUUGUACAUUAAUGAUAUUACUGAUAAUCUCAAUUGUAUCUCAAAACUAUUUGCUGAUGACACAUCCUUAUUAUGUUCAGAUGAAUCCCCACUAGUUAUUGAAAACAAAAUUAACAAUGAUCUUACCACUAUCCAGCAGUGGGCAAAUAAAUGGUUAGUCAAAUUUAAUCAGACCAAAACAGAAGUUCUGCUGAUUUCUAACAUAGAACUAGACCACGUUAUUGACAUUAAUUUUAAUAAUGAAAGUGUAGAUUUUGUUGACCACCAUAAACAUUUAGGUGUAUUUUUUGCUUUCAACUGUAAAUGGAGCCACCAUAUCGAACAUAUAUCAACACAGGCUGCAAAACUUAUUGGUAUUUUAAGAAAGCUAAAGUAUACUCUAAAUCGCACGACUUUAGAUAAAAUAUAUAAAUCAUAUAUUCUACCAACUUUAGAGUAUUGUUGUGAACUAUGGGAUGGAUGUAGUGUUGCAGAUGCUGAUAAACUAGAAAGAAUUCAAUUAGAAGC